GAGAGUCCCACACAAGUUUUUCUCUAAAACUAUGUAUAAAUUAAUUGAUUUGAGGAUGGAUGGAUGAAGGGAAAUAUGUGGUCUAGUUGUUGGCAUGUUGCCCUGUCUACUGCUCUGCUCAUAAUUCAUGGUUUAUUCGUCAUGGCAGUCCACUCUUUUGGAGAUAGAGAGAUUUACAGAGGUGUUUCAGCGUCUCUUGAGCCACUAUCGUGCGAUUCAUCAGCGCCAAAAAUCAAUUAUUAACUUAAAUAAAUAAGUUAUAUAACAUGAUCAUUCACACCACAUCCCCCUUUCUAUAUAUCCCUAAAUAAAUUCAUGACUUUUUAUAAUCUAAUUGCUUUUUAUUUAUUUUUUGUUUUUAAUUCCAUGUCCACUCCUCAGUGCUUUUUAAUCAUGAACAAAACAUAGGUCCCCAUUCUCUCUCUCUCUCUCUCUCUCUCUCUCUCUCAACAAUAUCAUUAGUUCUAGGUGUAAAGACAGAGAGAUUUGGUUGGAAUUUGUGAAUGGAUAAGCAAGUAGAAGAAGCAAACCCAUCAUCUUCUCCGGCAAGAGCAAGAGAAGAUGGAGGAGGAGGAGGAGGAGGAAUGGCUCUGCCAGUUUGUUUCGAAGACAAAGCAAGAGUUGCCCAAUUUCCCACUUUCAUUGGCAAGCAUAAGCUCGCAGCUUCCAUUUCCCAUCUCCAAAACCAAAUCGACAUCAUCCAGAAAGAGCUGGACGAACUUGAGACAAUAGGUGAAUCCUCCAUUGUCUGCAUAGACCUCAUUGCAAGCGUUGAGUCAACAUCUGAUCCAUUGCUUCCAUGGACUAAAGGACCAGGUGAAGUAGGGUGGGAUAGGUGGUUCCGGGGAGCCAACAACUCCAGAAACCACAGCCGCUGGAUCUAAAAUUGAUAAACUUUUUCCAUCUUCAAUGUUUUCCCUUCCUUUUUUGUAUGCAUAUUAUGAGGCAGAGCAAAAACAGAGGAGGUUUCAUUUCCUGCAUUUUCUUUGAAUAAGUCACGGGGAGGAAGAAGAAUAAUGCAUUGGCAUACAGGCAAGCAAACAUGUGAAAUUUCCGCAAAACUCAUGGGAGAUGUGCCCUAUGUCAUAUAAUCAUUUUUCAAAUUCUAGACGAUGCACUGUUCUAAAAAUCACAACUCUCAU